AUGAAUGUCGUCGAGUGCGCGGAGUCUCGUGAUCUCCUGUUGUAUUUGAAUGCAGAGUUGACGGGUGAAGACAUCCCUCACCGCACGAAGAUCACGGAGUUCAUAUACGAGCUCUUCUCUGCGCAGUAUCGCAAACUGGUCCACGAACUGCAGGAGGACGCGAUCUCUCGCAUCUCCUUCACGACCGAUGUUUGGAGCGAUCCCCAGUUCAAGCCAUACAUGGCUGUCACGGCUCACUACUGGUUGCUUUCCGCACGUAAUCAACAUUGCCGUGCAGACUGCACUCAAGGCUUUGUCCGAGCCGAUCCCGAGCCAAUCUCUGACGCGCCGGAGGAUAAUUGGGAAAUAGUCGACCCGAUCAAUACAGCAGGUCUCAUCGACGAGGCCUAUACGAUUACCCUCAAUGGCGAUGUUGUCGCCCGUGUACGGGACCUCGUUCGCGCGUGCCGGAGUUCGUCUCUUCGCCGCGCAGGCUUCAUUGCGGUCAUACACAAGGGCAAUGGCUAUUGUAAGGCCAUCAAGUUCCACCUCGUUGAACACGAGUAG